AAAAAUCUUCAGACAAUUGCUGAUAUAAGCAGCGAUUGGCAAGACAAAUCAGACAGAGAUUACCGGAAUUUCGUGCAAAAAUUGCUAAAUUUAUUAAUAAAAAUAAUCUAAAUUUACUGUGAUCAUUGCGUAAUUGCCCAAGGACUCCCUCCGUACCGUCCCAGUGUUGGAAUUAUUCAAAAAUUCUCAAAACCAAAGUGAGAUUUUCUUGUAAAUAUUCUCAAAAAUCUCCAACAAAUUAGAAGGAAAAAAUAAUGGAUAAAGGAAUGAAUCCCACAACGAGGUUGGAUGAGAAGAGGCAGCUGCCACCAGCCCUGGAGAAGAUUCUGGCCAUUGAUGUGAAGCUCACAAAGCAAUUUGUGAGCUUUAUGCUCAACUUUUUGCCCAUGAGAUCUCUCCGUAAUCACUGUCGUCUGCUUGAGGUGUCAUGCCACGGGAUUGUAAUCUUGGUACUUUGGUUCAUUCUUACGUGGCUCAUUGACAAUCCCGAUCUGUAUGAGAUGCAAAUUAAUCUGCUGUUUGGCCUUCUCAUUGAUAUUGUCCUCGUGGCAUGCAUCAAGGCUGCUACGAGGAGACGACGACCAACUGUUAAUGAUGAUCCCUUCAGUAUUGGCCCCGAUAAGUUUAGCUUCCCCUCCGGACAUGCUUCCAGGGCUGUUUUCAUGGCCACAUUCUUCACACUCCUCUCCCCAGUGUCCAUCCUCUUCUGGCCACCAAUCAUAGCCUGGGCUGUAGCUGUCUGCCUGUCGCGUCUUCUCAUGUACCGUCACCACAUCCUGGACGUUACAGCUGGAGCUCUUCUUGGACUCCUUGAAGCCUUCAUCCUCUACAUUCUCUGGUGUGACAAUGAAACCUCCCUGUGGAUCAUGAAGAUCCUCUCGGAUGAUAAAUACGUCGAAGGGCAGACGGGAAUUUAGUGGGAAAUAAUAGAAGAAAAAUCAACUAAAACUUUAUUAAAUUCCGUUUAAGCAA